AUGUCGAAUAUUGAUACGAUUACUUCCCUGAUCGAGCAGGGUCAGGUCGACCCAGUGAAACCCCUCCUUGCUACCUCUCCAACGACACAUGACGAUAAUGCUAUUAUAAUGCUUCUUCACGCGUCCAUUGAAUCCAUGAACCUCGACAUCAUGCGUUAUCUGCUCGAUACAUACAAACCAAAUAGCAAAUCUCCUCUCUUCCGCGAUAAAGUGUCGCUGGAAUCAGUGGGUCAUGGGAAAACCGAAGCAUUCAAGAUUCUGACUGUAUACCACCCAUCCAUCCUAACAUGGCACUUGAGCCAUUUUGGCGAUGCCCUUGGCCAUGCAGUUCUGACUGAUAACUUCCCAUUGGCACAUUUCAUCCUGGACGAGGCUGGCUGUGAUCCAAAUAAGAGCCAGUUGUGCUAUCGGCCAACAAUUGAACAUACAGCAUAUUGGGGGGAGUACGAAAUGAUGCAGUUGCUGCUGAAGCAUGGUGCCCGGAUCAAUGGCACCAAGACACUGUAUGAGGCUAUGCAGAGUGGCAGUGUGGACAUGCUUGUCACAACCUAG